AUGUCAGAUCAACAAACAUCGGAUGAAUAUGAUGAUAUCAGUCUAAAGAUAUUGGUCGUUGGCAAAUUGGCGUGUGGCAAGACUUCGAUCAUUCAGAGAUUCUGUCACGAUGAAUUUCAAUCUAAAUAUAAACCAACUAUUGGUGUAGAUUUUCAUACAAAAGAAAUGGAAGUGAUGAAUAUUAAAGUGAUUUUACAGCUGUGGGAUAUUGCAGGUCAAGAGCGUUUCGGACACAUGACAAGAGUAUAUUUUCAGAAUGCCGACGGAGCGUUGGUGGUGUUUGACGCCACGCGAGUAGCAACGUUCCACGGCGCCAAGGAGUGGAAAGACGAUAUCGACGACUGCUUCUCAAAGGAUGCACUACCCACUGUACUACUAGCAAACAAGAGCGAUUUACCACAGACAACAAUCCCCGACGACAUCGAAGAAUUCUGCGAGCAGAAUGGAUUCCUGAAUUGUUUCAAGACCUCGGCCAAAGACGGAACCGGUAUCACAGAGGCUCUCACAGAUUUAGUCACCAAAAUUUUAAAGAAUCACAUGGAAUCAGUAAAGAAGGCUCCAGAGGAGCAAGGUUUUAAACUGACCGACAAAGUGCCAAGUCAACAAGGAGAACCAACAAAGAAAUAUGAAGGGAUAAAUUCUUUCAUUCCUUAUGGUCAAUUCUAUCCUGAACAAUCAGCCUUCACACUUUCUUUUAAAAGCAACAACUCGCUCGCUCCACACACGUCGUCAUCAAGAAAACUACAAAUUGAUCAACAAUCGAUUGUUAGUUAUCCAAAGAAAGACUGUGUGAGACACGCUUUCUAUUGGACGUUCCUCUGCUUCUGGAUGGCCUGUCCACUGUUUAUUUGGGUUUCCGUUGGUUUCAAUGGAAUUCCUUGGUACGGUGGAGCCAUCCUCAUGACAUUCCUCUGGUUGACCGGUUUCUUCACCAUCAUGAAACAAGUGCCAACCUAUCGUAAACCAGAGCACAGUGGAUUCAUUUUCCGUUACAUCACAUCGGUCUACGCUGGAAUUAAGGCUCUCAAAUGGUAUUGGAUUACACUUGCAGUUAUUGGAUUUACUGCUGUCGCUUUUAUUAUGUGUGUUUUCACUUUUAAUUUAUGUGUUGCAUUAUAUCCAUUUAGAGUAACAUCACAAAUUUCAAGACAAAUUGAUGGUGUUAGUUGUCCAAGUGGAAAAGUUUGUAAUUUUAUUUUGACAGUUCCACAGGAUUUGAGAGUAUCGAUGAUUGUCAACUAUCAGAGUAACGACUUACCAGUUAGAUCGUUUGCUUUGUUGGAUACCGUUUCACAUGGCUCAAGUUUGAGUUCAAAGACCAUCCCAGUUGCAGAUUUUAUCAAUCCAUAUGCAAAUACUAUCAAUUCCACAUUUUUCAAGAUGGACAACAUCGUCGAAGAGGAUCGUUAUGUCCACUGGGCCGACUUGCUUGGAUUGAUACCAGGUACCACCUAUUAUGUUUCCGUCGGUUACGAAGCUAAUGGAAAUAUUUAUUUGUUUGAGGAGCGUAAGUUUAGAACUGCGCCAGGCGACAGUAGCACCGCUGUCACUUAUAUUACUGGUGGUGACAUGGCUGUCUCCGAAGUCGGAAACGACCUCUCCAAGCAUGCCGCCGAAACCGAGCCGCUGUUCGCCAUGGUCGGAGGUGACUUGGCAUACGACGACGGUUUCUGUAGUUGCUAUCGUGUCUGGGACAAUUGGUUCGACAAGUGGAAUCAAUAUCUCCAAACACCGACCGGAUACACCGUUCCAUUGAUCGGUGGAAUCGGUAACCACGAAUCGUCUGGCUGGAAAUCAAAGGCAUCGGAUGUUCAAUUCUACACUAGAUAUUUGGCAUUCCAAACCGGUCUCCAAUCGAUGGAUCCACUUCAACGUCCAACCUACCACUCGCACGCAAUCACCGCCGACAUUUUCAUUGUUGUCUUGGACAGCUGGGUAGUCACACCGAUCUCCGAUCAAAAUCAAUUCCUCGAGAGCGCACUCUCUAGUUCCGCUGCCAAAUUCAAGUUUGGAAUCUAUCAUAUCGCUGUCUAUCCAUCGACCUACGUCAAGGCAGACUAUGAAAUCACGAUUUCUGCGCGUGACAACUGGUCGCCAAUCUUUGAUCGUUACAAUCUCACCGUUGCCUACGAGAAUCACUACCAUCUCUACAAGAGAUCGAAGCCACUGCUGGGUGGAGAGGAGAAUCCACUCGGAACCGUCUACAUGGGUGACGGUGCUUGGGGUGCAACCACCAUUCUCAAAGUCAAAGACUAUGACUAUAUCGAGGUCGCUCACAAACUUCCACAUAUGAUUAGAACCAUUAUUACACCGACCUCCAAUACCAUUCAAGUCGACACUAUUGGACAGGACGGUGAUUUCAUCGAUCAUUGGAAUAGAACUGUUUAG